AUUUUUCACUUCAGUUUAAAUAUCUUAUGAACGUUAGAAUGUUGACUUGAGGUUUCGGCUGUGGUCUAGCAUAUCCGUGUUAAUUUGGAUUACACCGAAGAAAAGGUCCACCCAGCAAAUUACUAAAUCGUCGUUCUAAAACCUGACUCCUAAAAAAGUACGGUUAAUGUGUAAACAAGACGUCUAAAUGCGAAUUUGUAGAAGAAUGUGGCCAAGAUCUGUUAAAAUUAUCCUAAUUAUUGCAGUCCUUGCAAUAAUUGCUGUGGUUGCUAAACAUGAACUGACAGUAGAACCACUAGUAAACAAUUCAGUAAUUUCUACCAUACUUUCGCGGCUAAACUUUCUGGAGACAGAAAACGAGCAAUUAAAGGAAAGCAUAUCAACUUUGGAAAAUACCAAAAAGAAGUAUUUAGACACUAAAUUUUUAACUGAAAAUGACCGCAAGAGGAUUUUAGUGACUGGUGGGGCAGGUUUCGUUGGCAGCCAUUUAGUGGACAAGUUGAUGAUGAUGGGCCAUGAAGUUACAGUAGUUGAUAACUUCUUUACCGGGCGCAAGAGAAAUGUUGAGCACUGGAUCGGCCAUGAGAAUUUCGAAUUAAUUCACCAUGACGUAAUUUCUCCACUUUUUAUUGAAGUGGAUCAGAUUUAUCAUCUCGCGUGUCCUGCCUCUCCGCCGCACUACAUGUACAAUCCAGUUAAAACAAUAAAAACUUCAAGUAUGGGUACAAUGAAUAUGUUAGGUCUUGCGAAGCGUGUACGAGCUACAAUGUUGCUUGCUUCGACAUCUGAGAUUUAUGGGGAUCCAGAAGAACAUCCACAGAAAGAAACUUAUUGGGGCCAUGUUAAUCCAAUUGGUCCACGAGCUUGUUACGAUGAAGGCAAGAGAGUUGCUGAAACAAUGUGUUACGCUUAUUCAUCUCAAGAUAAAGUUGAUGUUCGUGUGGCCAGAAUAUUUAACACAUUUGGUCCACGUAUGCACAUGCAAGAUGGAAGGGUAGUGUCCAACUUUAUUCUGCAAUCUCUUCAGAACGAGCCGAUCACCAUAUAUGGUAAUGGGGAACAGACAAGAUCGUUUCAGUAUGUCACCGACCUUGUAAAUGGUUUGAUAGCCCUAAUGAACAGCAAAGUGAACACCCCUGUAAACAUUGGAAACCCUGAAGAACACACUAUCAGUGAGUUUGCAACACUCAUUCGGAACUUAACCAAGAGUAAAUCAGAGAUAGUGCACAAAGCAACCCCCACAGACGAUCCGCGAAAACGCAAACCAGACAUUACCAAAGCGAAAACAUCACUGGGCUGGGAACCAGUUGUAGAGCUUGAAACUGGCCUGAAAAAAACAAUUGCAUAUUUUAAGGCAGAGUUGGAGCAAGAAUCAGGAAAUCAACGAAAUGUAUUUUUACCACCACAGGAGCUUUAGUUUCCACUUUCCAACUAUCAAAACUUCCAUUUUGCUAAUAUAAUAUUAGUAAUAUUUAUAGUUUAUGGCUUACAUACAAGUAUAAAUGUAUUUGGAAAACGUUUGUUUCUUGUUAUUGUAACAUAACGUACCAGGGAUAACAGUCAAAGUGAAUGUUGUACAAGACUAGUGAUGUGCUUGUCUAUCUCCAUGAUUGUGAUGUUAUAAAUAACUAUAUUGUUAACUUGUAUGACUGUGUUGUUCAUGUAUAUAUAUAUAUAUACAAUGUUUUUUCUAAAAUUCACUUUACAUUACUUACAUACGGUAGUAUCUAACAAAAGCAGAUGUUUUUUGAAUCACUGUCACAACUGCCUGCUCAAAAAACUUUACUGUUAAUAUUAUUCAUCCAUGUUUAUUUUUAAUUAAAUGUACUGUUUUCAUGCCUUCUUUUGCUCAGUAGAAAACACUAUCUCCAUUGCCCUUUAAUCUGCACUAAUUUUAUCUGGAGAGUUUGUACUCAAUCUUGCCAGGUCGUUGUCACUAUUUAAAUGUUACAGUUUCCAUUUAUUAGUAGAAAACUAUUAUUCCAGGCAAUACUAUAACUAACAAACUGUAUUAACUAAGUAUUCGUACAUUUAAUAUAUCAA